UUGUGUAAGGACUAGGCUUUAACUGUUUUAAAUACAUGUUUGUGUAAUCAUGUUACUGGAUCACACUGAGGAUAUUUGAUCUCUGUGCUAUAUUUUCAUGUUGGAGAAGCAGGAAACAGUCCCAAGCCAUUCACCCUUUGACCAGCAUUAUUGACUAUAAAAUGCAUGAUCUGUGCAUGGACUAUCGGUUUGAUACACAACAAAAUAACACGUGUUGUACUGUAUUAUACAAAAUAAACCAUUCGGGAAACCCUCUAGAGAUACACAAUAUAUCAUUUAUACAUUUAUAUUGCAGUAUUAGAAUUUUCAGGUACAAUACUUCCUUAUAAAAAAAAAAAUUAGUCCGCUUUUCUUUUUACAAGGGCUGUUCAAGUCAAACCGGGACCGGUGAUGAAAUGUCUCGUGAAGGAAGGCUUAAAUCCGAUCGAUAUUUACAGAUGAUUACAAGCACAAUGUGGUGAUGAGACUCCUAACUGCAAUAAAACAUUUGCAAAUGUUUUAAAGAAGGCUGUACAGUAUGUCUGUGAAUGGCGAUCGUUGUCAAGGUGGCACAGAGCCCAACUAAAGUCUUCCCGAACAUUUAGCCUGAAUUGAUUGAAAGACAACACACAAUCAUUCACGAACACCACUUGCACAUUACAGGAACUCAGCUGGGAGUUGUUGCCACAACCGUACAUACAGUCCUGUCCUCGCUUCAAGCCGUUUCCACAUGUUUGGGCUAUUAAAGGAGUUCCUGGGAGGCCAGCAUUUCGGGCAAGAAGCAAGUAGUCCAAUCAUGGUUUUGGUGUGCUGAGAAAACUUUCCACCUUGAUGGUAUCCAAGCACUAGUGAAACGCUGGGAUGAGUGUAUUAGUGCAGCAGGGGAUUAUAUAUAGAAAAAUAAAGUGUGUUUUUACUCUCAUAACUGUGUUUUGUUAAUCUGCAGAAUUAAAAGUCCAGGUUUGACUUGAACGCCUCUUUUAUAAUUUUAUCCACUUGCAAUAAUGUUUUUCUCUGACUAGUGACAAAGAUGUGUGUCCAUUUUCCCAACCAAAAAAUGUUAGGCUCUUAAAAAUAAGGUUAAAGGUUAGGCUAAAUUAAGACUUUCAUAAAACCACAAUAGUCAGUGAAAAGACAUGCCUAACAAGAUUGUUAAAGACUUAUUUUUCUCUGAUUGCUGGCUUUAUCUUUAACCAUUUCACAUUAAACAUUCAUUGGUGUCUUUAAAAUAUAUUUAAAGUGUUCUGUAGCCAAUUAAACAUAGCUUGUCACCAGGGUGGUACCCUUAUCUUUUGGACCUUUGAUAUAUAUCAUAGAAUUUCAUAAGUGUUUAAGGAGGAGUUAAGUUUGGCACUAAAGAAAUAAACACACACGCAGUUCCUCAUCCGUAGUCAGAAGGGCAAUGCAAACCUGACAUUCAGUUUGUAGCGUGGCAGACAUCGGGCUACUGAGAUUCCAGAAAGUUCUGCAGCAAAAAGGGAGAGAGAGAGAAAGAGAGAGAGAGAGAGAGAGUGGUGACUCAGAAGCUUUGAGAGAGAGACGGAAUGGGUGCAGUCAUCUAACCUGGCCUAAUACUGAUCACCACCAAUGGAGGUCAGAAUGGAGCACGGUGCCAGGUGGAAAGCUAGAACCCUGCCAUCCUCCGAUUCAGGACAGUGAGAAGUUAACCUCAUCCAGGCCUAGACAAAGACACAGAGUCUCACUUCACGGUCUGUGUCCUGCAACCAGCCUGGCGAGAAACAAGGCAUCGGCUGUUGCACGCUGACCAAAGACAAGAAAAAAGGAGGCUUUGUGAACGCUUCCUAUUCAGACACGUCUCCCGUAGCUCUACAGAGCCUGACACCAAAGGAUACUGCUUCACUCUGGAUCAGACUGUGAACCCAGACGGCCUCGAUGUUUGGCACGAAUCAAUCAGGAGAGGGUGGAGCCCUGUUUGCGCUUUACAGAGUUUUAUAUUAACCGCUCAGAACACCAAGAGGAUAUUUAGUCAAGGUGGUACGCACAGGUGUUGCUCUCUGCCCCAUCCCUGACAUUGGCAGCGUUCCACCAAAUUCCUAACAAGCAACAUGUCGGAGCUAGACGACUUCCCUCCUACUCUUCCUUCUCGCGGCCUCAAUCAAGCCGAUCCGUCCCGUAUUCAGCAGGACAUCCUGGAGGAGCAGGUGGAGCUGUGGUGGUUCAGCGAGCCGAGGAAGUCUCUGCUGUGUUACAGCGCCUCCGUGGCCUUGGUGGUGGGUUGCGGCGUAGGUGGAGUCGGCCUGUUGUCCAGCACCACCAGCCUGUCCAGCGAGUGGCGCCUGGGAGCGGGCACGGCGCUGUGCAUGCUGGCGUUAGCCGUGGUGCUCAAGCAGCUGCUCAGCUCGGCUGUCCAGGACAUGAACUGCGUGCGCAGCCGUCAGCGCAUAGACGUCCUGAAAAGCGGAGGCUUGUCCGACGUGCUGGUCGUGCUCCUCACUGGAAUUUCCUUGGUCAUCUGCGGAGCUGUGCUGCUCAACGUGGCUCUGGGAUACCACAUGCCCAAACCGGGCCAGGCUCUCAAUGAUAUGUAUAUAUCGGGAGUGGUGUUGUUGGCAGGUGGCGGGUUCACGGUGGUGGCCGUCACAGUUUACUCACUUGUGGUUUUCAUCUUGGCGAGGAUAAGAUCCCAGAGGAGCUUGAGAGACAGAAUGCUGGGAAUUUUCACUGUAUCGGGGCAGAUGCGUGCCCGGCGGGAGACAGCAUCAAGCCUGGCACAACUCAUAUGACUGUGGAAUAUUUUAUAUAUAUAUAUAUAUA